GGAGUCGAUAGCAUUUUUUUCAUUUUCUGUUGGUUCGGAUCGGAUCGUGCGGAUACUUUUGCUAGUCCGGAAUAUUAUAUUGUGACUUGUGAGUUGUGAGUUAUGUUUACUUAAAAACUAGUAUCCCUUGUAUUUAAGGUGUUAGUCGUUAACGGGCGGCCAACGUGAUCACUUCGUUCAGAUAUAAUAUCGACACAAAAUUUGUUGCUCAAAAAAUAAUUACCCAAUUUCUGAUAAUUCGUUACUUACAUUCAAUGCAAAUCACGUUUAUCUGAGCGAUUUAAUUUUUUAAUUAAUUCAUCUCUUCUUCUGUUUCUGUUUUUAUUGUUGACACGAUAUUUCGAAGCGCGAUUAAGAAAUUUGAAUUUUUUUUAAAACCAAAAUUUCAACCGAUACCAAAAAUAGUAAAAAAUCAACAACAAAAAAAAGUAGAAAAGGAAAAUUACCUGCACAUUGUGGAAAAUUUUCAACAAGUAGUGUGUCGUAACGGUUUUAAUAGUGUGUGAUUUGUGCGUUAGCGUCUUAGAUUGAGUGCAAAGAUACGCAUUUAAGGAGAAGAUCAAUAAAAAAAAUAUAAAGAAAUAAAUACAAAAAAAAUACAAUAUCAGCAACAAACCAAGAAGACACUAAUUUCUCUUUUGGAUACAACUUCACUUAAGACCAACCGGCUCCCCCGUUGUUGUUGGAUGAAACAAUUUAUUUCGAUAAAAGAUAAUAUAUAAUUUUCAAAGACGACGAAACUUACGUUAUGAGUAGAAAUCUAAAUGGACACAAUAAUGCGGCUUUUGUUAAUGACAAUGACAAAGCAAUACAAGCUGGCGAUAAGCCACGAUUUAGUCUUGAGCUGACGGAAAAAGGUAAAAUCUCUCUCGAUGAUGACUAUAAUCCCUACGAGCAAAGGACCGUGGAGCAUCCUACAACAAAUUCUGAAACAAUGUUUCAUUUGUUGAAAGGAUCACUCGGUACCGGAAUAUUAGCUAUGCCAAAUGCCUUCAGAAAUGCCGGUUAUGCUACAGGAACAAUAGGAACACUUGUUAUUGGAGCAAUAUGCACAUAUUGUAUUCAUUUGUUGAUCAAAGCUGAAUAUGAAUUAUGUAGGCGGAAAAAAACACCAAGUAUGAAUUAUCCUUCUGUAGCUGAGGCAGGAUUUGGUGAGGGACCACCAAUUUUCAAAAAAAUGGUUCCAUAUAUUGGUCAUACAGUCAAUGUAUUUCUAUUGAUCUAUCAGCUAGGAACAUGUUGCGUGUAUGUUGUGUUUGUUGCUUCAAACAUAAAAUCUGUUGUUGAUGCCUUUAUGACUGAUCCAAUUGAUGUUCGAAUGUAUAUGGUAUUUGUUUUACUGCCUUUAAUUUUAAUUAAUUGGGUUCGAAAUCUUAAAUAUUUAGCACCAUUUUCAACAAUUGCCAAUGCAAUUACAAUGGUUUCUUUUGGAAUUAUUUGCUAUUACAUUUUCCGAGAACCAGUUACAACAUCAGGCAAAGAUGCAUUUGCUAACUAUACAACAUUUCCAUUAUUUUUCGGAACAGUUUUAUUUGCUUUAGAGGCUAUUGGUGUGAUCCUUCCGCUUGAAAAUGAAAUGAAAUCACCCAAAUCUUUCGGUGGCAGUUGUGGAGUUCUAAACAAUGCCAUGGUUUUGAUUGUCUUUUUGUACGUUGGAAUGGGAUUGUUUGGUUAUUUAAGAUAUGGCUCAGAAGUUGAAGGAUCUAUUACCCUGAACUUACCUGAAAAAGAAACCUUAGCACAGUGCGUGAAGGGAAUGCUGGCAUUCGCAAUCUUCAUCACUCAUGGUCUGGCUUGUUAUGUUGCCAUCGAUAUCACAUGGAACGAUUAUGUUGCCAAAAAAUUGGGUCCCCAAAGAAAGAAAUUGUUCUGGGAAUACUUCGUUAGGACUGCCUUGGUUUUGGUCACUUUUCUUCUAGCUGUUGCCAUUCCAAAUUUGGAACUCUUCAUAUCUCUGUUUGGAGCGCUGUGUUUGUCAGCUUUAGGCCUUGCCUUCCCAGCGUUAAUUCAAAUCAGCACCUAUUGGUAUCAAAAGAAGGGUAUUGCUCGAGUCUGGCUGAUAGUUAGUAAUUUCUUCUUGGUGAUUGUGGGAAUUCUUGGACUUGUCAUCGGCACGUACACGUCACUAUCGGAGAUCAUCAAAACUUUCUUCGUUGAUGAGGAAUAAAACAGAAU